CAGUGGUUUUGCAGCACAUGCUUUCUUUACUUUUAUGCGAUAAGCAUAUCCAAUUAACAUUUGGUGUCCUUUUUUCAUUUUUUUUACUUUCUUUAAUCAAUUUUUUAAUCGAAAACUAUAUUGUUGUGUUUCAUAUCUUUGCUUCGUCGUAGUAGUAACAUGGCUGGUAAGUCUAAAGAACAUGGUUCACCGGCAAUCUGGGAAAAGGAAAUCAAAUUGUUGUUCUGCGACCUCUGUAUCAAAGAAAUUGAGCUGGGCAAUAGACCGACAACCUUUUUCAAUAAAGAAGGUUGGAAUAGUAUCAUUAAACAUUUUAAAGACUCCACCGGACGGGAGUACGACAGGCUGCAAAUGAAAAACAAAUGGGAUCAACUAAAGAAAGAUUGGAAAAUUUGGAAGGAUCUAAAGCGUGGUUCAACUGGUUUGGGUUGGGAUCCAAUAAAGCGAACCAUUGAUGCUUCGGAAGAGUGGUGGGCAGAGAGGCUCGCGGUGGUUCCAGCAGCUAAAAAGUAUAAAACAUGUGGGAUUGAACCUGAGUUGGAGGAGAAGUUAGACCAAAUGUUCGGGGGUGUCGUUGCAACAGGGAAAUAUGCAUGCGCUCCAAACGAGAUGGGAUUUGGUGAAACACAGGACAAUGUUGCUGUCAGUUUAUCAGAUGAUUCACCUGAAUUUCCAAGUGCAGGUCCAACUGAGAUUCAAUCUACGAAUCGCUCUAAGCGAUCUAGGUUCGAGAGCAAAAAAAAGGGUGGAGCUGCCACAAUCAGAAACCAGAUAUCAUGCCUAAUGGAUUCUUCCAAUGAUGCCCCCCAUAAAGUACAGAAAACAUCAAUUAAUGAGGUCGUGGCUAUUCUAGAGCAGGAUCCGAGUAUUGCAGCGGAUGAUGAGCUAUACUACUUCGCUGUUGAGCUGCUUCAAGAUUCGGUGCAAAGAGAUUUUUUCACAGCUAUUGCCAAAGAGCGCAGGGUGUCGUAUCUACGACAUUUUUUUGAGUGCAAGAAAAUUUGAAUGGACUUUUUUUAGUUGCUACGUCCUUACUUUAAUAGUUUAUGAGAAGACAUGGUUAUUUGAACUGUUGUUUAAUGAGACUUUUCAGUUUAUUUUGUUUUCUACCCCUCCUCUACACUAAAUGCUUGUGUUAUUACUUGUCACAUGUUAGAUUAUAUAGGUCUGCUCCAAAUGAUGAUUAGUUUAAUACUCUAUUUUUCUUUGUCAAAAUAUGUCCAGUA